AUGGCGGAGUCCCUCAAAAAGCCCCUGCUUGGGCAGAGGGCCGAUGCAGGCGCUCCGGCGCAGUCUAAAUCAGAGUGCCGACUGCAGGACAAGUGCUUCCUGUCAGAGGGGCAAGCGCAGAGCGCGCAGCAGUACAACUCAGUGCAGCGCAAGCUCAUCCUGGCGUGCGUGCUGUGCUUCGCCUUCAUGGUGGUGGAAGUGAUUGGCGGCUGGAUUGCACGCAGCAUCGCCAUCAUGUCGGACGCGGCCCACAUGCUGUCUGAUGUAAGCUCCUUCCUCGUCGCCAUCUUCGCGGCCUGGGCGGCCACGCAGCCGGGGACGCAGCUCUACUCUUUUGGGUACCACCGCGCGGAGAUCCUGGGGGCGCUCGUGUCGGUGCUCAUCAUAUGGCUCGUCACCGGCGCGCUGGUGUUUGAGGCGGUGCAGCGGACCAUCAACCCAGUGCGGGUCGACGGCAAGCGUGAGCGGGCGGGGCGCCCCGGGCAAGCGGCCGACGAGUUGCGGGGUCCAGGCAGAGGGGCCGCAAUCGGGGUGAUGUUCAUCAUAUCCCUGGCGGGCAUCGUGUUUAAUGUUUUGGUGUACCUGGCUCUGGGCGUGCACGGCGGCCACGGCCACAGCCACGACCACGGCGGCGGCGGCGGGUGCAGCGGGCACGGCCAUGGGCACGGCCAUGCACAUGCAGACGAGGCGGAUGAGGAGCAUGCCCAUGAUCAUGAUCAUGACCAUGGCAGCCACGGGCACGGGCAUGAGCACGGCCAUGGUCAUGACCACCACCACGGCCACAGCCACUCGGACCACAGCAGCUGCGGCGGUCACGGGGCCGGCGCGGCGGCCGGCGGGCAGCAGCAGCAGCAGCAAGCGGCGGCCGGCGGCGGCAGCGGCGUCGUGAUCGCCGUGCCUGAAAGCAAGCUGCUCAUCCAGCAGACCGGCGCGCGCGAAAUCGAGGUCCGCUGCGAGCUGCCCAUCUCCACGGCCGCCCCCGGCGCCGCCGGCGCGCCGGCGGCCGCGGCGCGCGCGCAGCGACAGGCGGCCAGGGCCUCGGGCGGCGGCCACUCGGACAACAUCAACCUCCGUGGCGCGGUGCUGCAUGUGAUCGGCGACCUGGUGCAGUCGGUGGGCGUCGCGCUGGCGGGGCUGCUGAUCUGGCUGCACCCCGAUGACCCCCGGUGGUACAUUGCGGACCCGAUCUGCACGUUCCUGUUCUCGGUGCUGGUGCUGUGGACGACCAAGAACAUCCUGUCGGACAUAGUGGCGGUCCUCAUGGAGCGCGCGCCGCAGACGGUCAACCCUGUCCAGGCUCCAGGCAAGGGGCUGGAGUUGUGCAAUGAGGGCAGUUGA